AUGGGAAACAAACAAAUUACAAUUACAUCAUCCUCACGUAAGGUGAAUGCAGACGAAGAAAUUGAAAAGUUCAAAAAGACACUUGUACUAACUCGUCCAAAGAGAACGAUGGCUCAAAGAAGUAGUCGACCAUUUGAUGAACACUCUAUCGAAUACAAGUUAUUAGAAAAGAUAAUAGACGAAACUUUACAAUUUGAAAAGGAAAGUGUCAGAAAGCAAACUGUGAAAAGCAAGGUUUCCCUCAUCAAGAAUAUUCAUGAAAAUAUCAUUGGAAGUGAAGCAGUCUUUAGAACUCCAUUUGAGGAAAAUAGAUUUCUUCCACUAACCUAUUGUGAUUAUAUUGCCUCUGGAAAACCACUCAAAUUCAUUGAAGAUUAUUUGUUUGAGGAAGUUUUACCUACCUAUGCAAAUACACAUACUACUUCAUCGUUUAGUGGAUUUCAGACAACUCAUUUCAGAGAGGAUGCUAGGAGAAUUAUUGCUGAAUGUGUGAAUGCAAGAUUGAGUGGUGGUGAAGAUUCGGAUGUUGUCUUAUUUCAAGGAAGUGGAAGUACUUCGGCUAUUUCAACAUUGGUACAUUGUAUUGGUAUUAGAGAACUAGUUCAGAAUGCUAGUGGUCAUGAAGAGAUUCCUGUUGUGUUUAUAUCACCGUAUGAACAUCAUAGUAAUAUUUUGCCGUGGAGAGAAGUUGGAGCCAUUGUGGUGCAAAUUAUUGAAGACAAGUUUGGAAAUGUGAAUUUUGAAUAUUUGGAAGAAUGUUUGAAAAAGUACAAGAAUGGAAAACGAGUUUUGAUAUGUUCAUUCAGUGCUGGUUCAAAUGUUACCGGAGUUUUGACAGAUUGUGAUCGAAUUUCAAAGUUAAGUCAUGAAUUUGGAGCAUUGUGCUUUUUUGAUUAUGCUGGAGCAGCUCCAUACGUUCCAAUUGACAUGAAUCCAAGAAAUGAUCCAAUGUAUCAGAAAGAUGCCAUCUUUAUUUCACCACACAAGUUUAUUGGAGGCCCUGGAACACCUGGUGUUUUAGUUGCCAAGAAGAAACUAUUCCAAAAUAAGACUCCAAAUAGACCAGCUGGUGGAACUGUCUAUUUUGUUGAUGCCAACAAUCAUAGUUAUACCAAUAUCAUUGAGGAACGUGAGGAAGGAGGCACUCCAGAUAUUAUUGGCUCAAUUCGAUGUGCCUUGGCAUUCAAAUUGAAACAAGAUGUUGGAGCUGAAUUGAUUACAAAAAUUGAGGAGAAUUACAGACAGAGGGCUUUUGAUUUCUUGAGUAGGAAUCCAAAUUUACACAUUCUAGGACCAGUCAAACAUGGUGAUUAUUAUUUGCACCACUCUUUCAUUAGUUUACUCAUGAAUGAUUUGUUUGGAAUUCAGACGAGAAGUGGCUGUGCUUGUGCAGGUCCGUAUGGAGAGGAAAUUCUCGGUAUUUCACAAGAGGAAGUUCACGAAUUGGAGGGAGCCUUAUUGGAAUCGUAUAAGAGUCCUAUUUCACUAGUUCAUUUGAAACCUGGAUGGAUACGAUUGAAUUUCAAUUACUUUUUCGAUGACAAGAUGGUGGACUUUAUACUUAAUGCGAUGGAUUUUGUGGCCACGCAUGGUUGGAAGUUUUUGCCUUAUUAUAUUUUCAAUGAAAAGACAAACGAAUGGAUGCACAGAAAUUUCGAUUCCAAUUCAGCACCAAUUCAUGCCAAUUUCACCAAGUUUUUAACACAACACAGAAAGAAGUUGACAGAUGUGACUUUCCAAAAUGGUCAAUUGGAAUUUGUUGAAAAGUUCAAUCAAUUAUUUACCUCAGAACCAAAGAAAUUACACAAUUAUGCCGAUAUUUUACAAAAUGCUCAACAAUUACUCGAUCAGUCAGUUGAGCUAAUGAAGAAACCUAUGGCUUCAAAUCCAAGUACGGCCACUUGA